UUGCGCGUAUUUCCUGUGUCAUAACCCCCGCGAGCGCGAGCCGCGAGGUUUAAGAAAUAUCUAAACCUCACCUCUCUUCACAGACGACGCCGUUUCGCUGCUGGCAAUUCGUCAUAAUGUAUGCAUAGAAUUUCCGAACAGAAAAGAAAAAGGCGAUCAAAUUCAAACCGGGAAAACAAAAAUUCGGCAGAGGAUAGAGAGGAAUUAGGGUUUUUUUUUUUUUUUUUUAUAUGGUACGUAUACGAUCAUCAGGCCACGAUUUCAAGCCUUCGUCUUCUCCGAUUCCAAACCAGGAAAUGAGUGAAACCAAGGAAAAGGAGGAUACUGGAGAGGAUAUAGCAGUUGAUGGUUCAGAUAGUGCCCGAAAAACCGAGAAUAGUGAGCAGGAAGAUUCUUUUCAUUCUGUCCGGGAAACAAUUGACAAUGGAGAAACUGUACCCGAAAAGACGGAUAUUGAGAUGACAGCAGCUGAUGAAGAUAAUGUAGUAGAAUCUGGAAAAGGCCAGGAAACCCCAAAACCAACUGACAAUGGAGAAACUCUACGCGAAAACACGGAUAUUGAGAUGACAGCAGCUGAUGAAGCUAAUGUAGGACCACAGUCCACUUCGGGCCAAUCCGGUCAAGAGCCUCCUCCUCCUCCUCCCUUGGUCCCAGAAAAGGGAGAUGAUGGAGAGUUAGUUAAGCAGGGUGGUGAUACCUUGAAUGAUGAUGAUCAAGAGUUGGACAAGCCAGGUGAUGAGCCCCCGUCAGAUGUAAAGACUGAGAUGCGGGAUUUGCCUCAAAAUAGUGAUAAUGGCUGUGAGGAGAAUGCUGAGCCAAAUAGUGGUGCUGCUGGAGAUAUCAUAACUGCGAGCAAUAAUGAACCUGCUACGCCUCAUGCUGGAUUUUCUGAUAUAAAAGCUGAAAAUAAGAAUGGGAAAGAGUUGGAGAAUAAGGUGAAUGGAAAAGAAGUUACUACACCCAUGAACAAUGGAAAGUCAAGCUCGAAGUACAUGUUUCUUUCCGAUGACAGCCACACGUAUGAUGGUAAUGACUCGGGAACAGAAGAGGAACAAUUGGAUUUCAUGAAGGAGAUUGAAAAUUUCUUCAAGGAGAGGAGCAUGGAAUUUAAACCUCCUAAGUUCUAUGGAGACUGUGUGAAUUGCCUUAAGCUGUAUAAAAUUGUGACUAGACUGGGAGGCUAUGAUAAGGUGACCUCAGCUAAGCUGUGGAAGCAAGUGGGAGCGUCCUUUAAACCUCCAAGGACAUGCACUACAAUUUCAUGGUCAUUCAGAGGUUUCUACGAGAAGGCACUCCUUGAUUAUGAAAAGCAUGAAAUGCAUGGUGGUGAGCUCAGUAUACCUAUCCCUUCCCAGCCAAAGCGUAUUAAUAUUGAUAAUCGGGCUUCCGGAUCAGGUAGAACAAGAAGGGAUGCUGCAGCACGUGCCAUGCAAGGUUGGCACUCACAACGUCUCCUUGGUAAUGGUGAAGUCAGUGAACCGAUCAUAAAGGAUAAAAAUGCUAAUGCUUUGCAAAAGCAAGAAAAGCAGCUUAAAACCAGUGGUUCACAUAAAAGAAAGAAGCCACCCAAUGUGGAUCCUGUGGUACAGGCUGCACGUACUAAACCAACAAAGUUACAAUUGGAUGUAGAUGUUUCUGAUCUCGGACCUCCAGCAGAUUGGGUGAAGGUCAAUGUGCAAAAGACUAAAGAUUGUUUUGAGGUCUAUGCUUUAGUACCAGGACUUCUACGUGAGGAGGUGCGUGUUCAGACAGAUCCAGCUGGGCGACUGGUUAUAAGUGGUGAACCUGAGCAUCCUGAUAAUCCAUGGGGUGUCACACCUUUCAAAAAGGCUGUCUCCUUACCAUCCAGAAUUGAUCCUCACCAUACAUCGGCCGUGGUCACCCUGCAUGGACAGUUGUUUGUUCGUGUCCCGUUUGAGCAGUCAGAACAGUAACAGUUUAGGAUGUCCAUCCUUAUUCUAUCUUACUAUAAAUUAACCAUCUUUUGUGUAGAAACCAGGCUCUUCUCAACCUUAAUUAGGCCUAGUCAGUUUACUUGGUUAGUACCAGUUGCUCAAUCUGAUGUCUCAGAACUUGGUGGGGACUAGAUUAGUACAGGAGUUAGCCUAACCAUUUGUGUACUUAUACCAACAUUCUUUUAGUGAUUAUUAGCAAGGAACCUUUUAUUCAUUCA